AUGGAGGCCAUUGUGCUGCAGGAGGCCGAACUGGGGUCAUCGUUGGAGCUGCUGGACUACACGAGGCAGAAGUGCAACCAGCAACACGACGAGAUUGUGCGGCGACUCGAAGACUGCGAAGAAAUGCUGCGGAACCUUGAGCGCGGUGUUUCAGCCGAGUCCGAUACUGCUGUUGAGAGUCUCUUGAGUGAAGGAGAGCGCGUCAAGUGGCUGCGAACCAAGGAAAUGGUCAUCACGAUCCUUCCUGAGGUGCUCGCGCGACUUGAAGACAACAUCGAGCUGAACAACGCAAAGAUCCGAGAUGUCCGUGACAAAAUGGACGAGCUUCGAGCUAAGCGUCUUGCCUUGCGGGAAGAAAUAGCCAUCAAGGAAGAAGACAUCGCGCUGACGCUAGCGGAUAAAGAACUGUAA